AUAAAUCUCAUACGUAUACCUAAACGAGUGAAAUUUAAACCCUGUUUAAGAAGGAUGAUAUUUGUCAAUUCUGCCUAGAGGAUUUUUUAAAAAUCUUUCUUUGGCCAGAAGAUCAUGUCGGAAUCAUUAUCAUCAUCUAUUAGAAGCUCUAACGAUAAAUUUUAUGAGUUUGAGCCUAAGGACUCAAAUGAAAAACCUUAUUCAUUUGAUCAAUUAAAGGGACAAAUUGUUCUUAUUGUUAAUGUCGCAUCCAAAUGUGGAUUUACUCCACAAUAUAAAGAACUCGAAAUAUUAAACAAAAAAUAUUACGGUAAAAAUGUUCAGAUAAUAGGGUUUCCUUGUAAUCAAUUCUUACGUCAAGAGCCAGGUACUUCGGAGCAAAUAGCGGAUUUUUGUUAUAUGAAUUAUGGUGUAACAUUUCCAGUAUUGAAUAAGAUCAAAGUAAAUGGAAGAAAUGCAGAUCCAGUUUACAAAUACUUGAAAGAUCAGAAGGCUGGAAUAUUGGGAUUCAGUUUCAUAAAAUGGAACUUUGAGAAGUUCUUAAUUGAUAGGGAAGGUAAUGUUGUCAAACGUUAUUCGUCUUUUACAAAGCCGGAAACCAUAGGUCAAAAGAUAGACGAGUUAUUAAAAGAAUAUGAAGAUGAAACAGACAAAGAAGAUUACAAAGAAGAGGAGGAUGAAGAAGAACAAGGAAAGCGUGGUAAAACAGGUAAACUUUUAGUAGUUUAGUGUGGUAUAUAGAAAUAAAUUUGCAAUUAUAG